AAUCACAUGUACAGGUUCCUAAUGUAGUAGGCUAUAUACCUUCAAAAAAUACUAAAUGAUUCUUCUAUGAAUUUCGAUCUCCACAGGUUUAACCCAGGCAAGAACGAUCGAAGAGGCGAACAACAGAAUACAGGCACAGUUAAUGCAACAGGAAACGAGAUAAUGUAUAAGUUACACUGGACAUGCUGGCACAAGUGGAUUCUAGACCCUGGAGGCAACACUGUACUUAUAUGGAACCGCGCCUUCCUCAUCUCCUGUGUAGCUUCUCAAUGCGUUGAUCCUCUAUUUUUCUUCUUGCUAACCGUUGAGAGUGCAUACACCCCAUGCAUGAAAAUAGACCACCAUUUUGCCAUCGGGCUCACAUAUCUCCGGACUCUUAUCGACAUGUUCUUCAUAGUUCAGAUUGCCACAAGAUUUUUCACUGCAUAUAUUGAUCCAGGCUCCAUAAUGCUUGGCAAGGGCGAGCUUGUCACAGAUCCUAAAAGAAUUGCAUACAGAUACAUCAGAACGAACUUCUUCAUCGACGUCGCAGCAGCAUUGCCUGUUCCACAGAUCCUUGUGUGGGCAAUCCUGCCAUCUUUGAGCUUCAGAUAUAUCAACACCUCUUUGUUUCUGAUAAUCUUGGUCCAAUCUGCAGUUAGGUUAUACACUGCAAUUCAGCUCAGCGUAGACAUUAUCAAAACAGUAGGCUUUUUGACUAAAAAUGGGUGGACUGGAAGUAUCUAUAACUUAUUUCUUUAUUUGGUCGCCAGUCAUGUUGUUGGAUCAAUAUACUAUCUACUUGCAGUUGGUCGGCAGAAAACAUGCUGGGAAACACAAUGCUCCAUCGAGGACCAGAUGACAGAUGAUGCACCGUGUGAUUUCAAGUUUCUUGGUUGCAUUUAUGGCACAUCAAACCAAAGUCGAAUUUGGGCUAAAAGCACGAAAGUCUUCACAGAAUGUGAUGUUGACAGUGACAACAUCUACUAUGGGAUAUUCAUUUCAGCAAUGAAAAAUGGGGUGUCUGAAAUAUCAUUUCCUGAGAAAUAUUUCUACUCCCUGUGGUGGGGAAUGCAACAGCUAACCACGUAUGGAAAUCCACUGGUGACAAGUUCCUACAUUGGUGAAAACUUAUUUGCAAUAGGGUUAACUCUUCUCAGCAUUGGUUUGUUUGCUCAGCUAAUUGGCAGCAUGAUGGUCUAUAUGAGAUCUCUUUCAAAAAAUGCUGAAGAUUGGAGGAUACAGAGAAUAGAAAUGGAGGAUUGGAUGACAGAUCAUCAAAUACCUGAUGAUUUGCAAAAGCGUAUAUGUCGAUUCUUGGAGUACAAGUGGAUUGCAACACAGGGAGUUGAAGAGGGCUCAAUCCUGAAACAGCUACCUGUUGAUCUUCAUCGAGACAUAAAAAAGUGGCUAUGCCUCGAUCUUGUUCAACGUGUGCCACUCUUCUCUGCAAUGGACCACCAACUACUUGAUGCUAUUUGUGAGCAUAUGAACUAUCUCCUUUGUACUGAGGGCACCUACAUCAUCCGCGAAGGAGAACCUGUGAAGGUGAUGACAUUCAUAUUUCGGGGAAAGCUAGAGAGCUGCACAACUGAUGGUGGAAGGACAGAUUUCUUCAACUCUAUCAUCUUAAAACCAGGCGAUUUCUGCGGUGAGGAAUUGCUCACAUGGGCAUUGCUUCCCAGCUCUGGUGACAGCUACCCAUUAUCAACAAGAACAGUCAGAACAAUCACUGAGUUUGAGGCAUUCUCACUGCAAGCAGAUGACCUGAAGUUUGUGGCCAGCACAUUCAGGAUGAUGCAUUCCAAGCACCUGCAGCACAUCUUCCGAUUCCACUCACACCAAUGGAGAACAUGGGCAGCGAGGUUCAUUCAGUCUGCAUGGAGGCGGCACAUUAGCCAACAAAAGACGGCAGAAAGAGGCUUGAGCAGUAGGUGGAAGUCAUUUUUCUCAUUGAUUGAUGAUAAUGCCACUGAAGAGAGGCGACAGAAUAUGGAAGGCUCAUCCAGCUCUAGGUCACAAGCAGCGGAAUUUCCUUUCUCAAAGAUUGCAACAAUCUUCUUAAAAGCACAGAACAAUCGGCCAGAGGAGCCUGAUUUCUCUGUCGGUGAUCACCCAAACUAGCAUAGCAUGGCAUUGUCAUGUGCAGCCCAGUAGGUAGGGCCCAUGAAUGGAGCUGCCCCAGGGCAUGCUAGGGCCGUCACCCUGUUCAUGCGGUUACUGUUUACACAAACAGUAACAUUAGGUAGUAAUAUGUUUUUGCAUGGUGAAAACUUCAGCCUUAUAUUCUGUCAUCCUUUCUGUUGUC